AUGGAUCAAUCAGUUCACUAUGCUCAGGCUAUGUCCAAUUUCGAUUCAGUUUACAAUGUUCCACAUAAACUUGUUCAUCAUUCGACUACGUAUAUGCCCAUGUCUUCAUCCUCAUCGUACCGAAAUCGAUCUAUAUCUCCUUCUUUAACAUCAUCUAAUCCAAAGUUUAAUUUGGAUUUAUAUAACCCUAAUGAAUAUCAUUCUGAAUCGAUUGAUUAUCCAUCACCUUCAUCGUCUGUGAUCAUUCAUCACUAUCCUGUAUAUUCUCCUCCACCUUCUCCUCCUUCACAAUCGAUAUCAAAAUUACGUCAAAUUAAUAAUGAAUUAUCUCAUACUCUUGCACAAUGUGAAUUAACAAUCAAUCGAUCACAAUCAUCAUCAUUACCAUCACCACCAUCGCAGUAUCAUAUUCAUCAUUAUCCAAUAUCAUAUGAAACUUAUCGUUCACGUUCUCCAAGUGAACAAACUUUAUCAUCAUCAUCAUCAUCAAUCGAACAAUCUGAACCAAUAAAAAGAAAACAUAAUGCUCGAAUUACAUACAAAGCUCAUAUUCCACGACGACAAAAAUCGUUAUCAAAUUUAGAUCAAGUUCUUAUUUCAACUUCAGAUGCAUAUUUAUCUAAUGAUCCAAUGACAAUUGAUCUCUAUCCAACGCGUGAUCAAGGUCUAGUUAAAAAAAUUAGAAAUCGUCCAAAUAAUCAAAGUCCAUGGCUUUCUGAUACUUCACCAAUUCGACGCAAUUCUUUUUCAGAAGCAAGUACUUAUCGAACACCUCGGGGACCAUAUUAUGGUGAUAAACCAAUACAACCAAAAAGUCGAUUAGCUAGUGGCAAAGAACGUCCAAGAUCAUCAUCUGUAAAUCCUCGUGUACGUCCUGAUAGUGCUCCAAAUCCACUUCGUCAAUCUGCUAUUUCUUUUUCUAAAACUGCACCUGUAUGGCGACCAAAUGGUUCAAUCAAACCUACUAAAUUUAUUGGUUCUCAUGCCCCACCUUCAAUACUAAAGCCACCACCACAUGAAGCUCCAUGGAAUCCUGCUGGUGUUGCAAGUAAAACACAACGUAUUCGUGCUUUUGAUCCUGUUAGUAAAGCACUACCAUCUAAAACACCUGAAUCUGUUUGGCGUCCAUCAUCUAAAUCUUUAAAUGAUAAACGUCCAAAAUAUUUUGAACCAACUGUUAAGCCUGAAUUAAUUGUACCAAUUAACAAAUCAACAGAACCUGUAUUAAAAAGUAAAAAACUAAAAACUCAUAAGAAAGUAUCUAGUGCUGAUCCAACAUUAAAAACACGUAUUGCUAAAGCUGAAAGUAAAGUUAAAUCUGCAUGGGAAGCUACAGCAACUGUUAAAGAACCUAAACCUCCAAUUCCACGUCCUGUUAAAAAAACAGCAACAACAACAACUAUACCAGUAAAACCAAAAGUUAAAGAUGUUCCAUCUCAACCUAGUGUACCUGUUAAAAAAAUUGUUUCUGCACCUCCAACAACAACAGAUACUGGUCGAAGUUCAUUGAAUAAUAUUUCAAGAAAACCUAUGUAUCAAUCAACACCAAAAAAUCAAAGUAUGGCUGAUGAAGAUGAUGGUAGUGUUGCUGAUCUAUUCGAAAAUGAAUCACAAGUAUCAGAAGUUUCGAAAAAACAAGUAAUACCUCAUCCACCUCCUCAAAUAGAAAAAACACCAACAAAAACUCCUAAUACAAUUGUACCAGGAUCAGUUGAAAAAUCACAAUCAGUCAUUAAAAAUGAUGUAUUAAUACAUGGUGAUGAUGCUGAUAAUAUUCGUGAUGAUAAUCCCACACCUUCACCUCAUUCUGAAAUUAAUAACAAUGAUAAUAAAGAUGAAGAUACAUUAAAUAAUCAUAGUGUGCAACCAUCGCCAAUUCCUCCUGAGCGCAAAGCAUCACCACCUAAACCAGAUAAUAGAGAUGAUGUAUCAAUUGUCGAGGAUGAGGAUGCUAUUCUGCCUGCUGAAAGUGAUCAAGAUGAUACGCAUGAAAAUGUUGACGCAAGUUUUGAGAUGAAUAAAUCACUUGAUAAUAUACCAAAAGCCAUAACGAAUGGUUCGAAAAAAGAUGAUAUUAUUUCUCCUUUAGCAAGUCCUCGAACAUCUCCAAAAGCUAAUAUUAAAACACCACCUCAUCGAAAACAACCAUCACCAGCACCACCUUCUGAAAAUCUUGAUGAGAAUUCGUACCAAUCUCCAAUUAGUACAAAGAAAAAUGAUCAUAAAUUACCAAAAACUCCUUCACCACCACCAUCGGCAACUGCGGACGUUGAUGAUUUUUUUGAUUAA